GGACCCGGGGAGGAUAGGGGGAGCCAGGGCAGAGGGACACUCUCUGAGGACUGGACUUUGUCUGCCGUGGAACAUCCUGGGUGGGGUGGGAGCUCACACACCUUCUGUAUGACCACUGAUGGGAGGGGGUUACCAUCCCAUUGCACGGGUGGGGGAAACUGAGGCACAGAGAGGGCAAGAGCUACCCCAAAGGGACCGGGAAGUGGCAGCCACAGCCUGGAGGAAGGGAGGGUGGGAGAGAAAGAAAUUUUAAUUGUAUCCAUUCAUUUCGUGUGAUUCAAAACAAAACCAUCACAAAGAGGGGGUCCGGUAAAGCAUCUCCCUCCCCCCAGAAAUCCCCACCAACCCUAGGUCCCCUCUGUGGGGACCUUCAACCUCAGUUUCCCCAUCUGGAAAAUGGGCUAAUAGUUCCUGCUUUGGUGGGUUGUAGUGAGAGUGAGAGGUGAUGUAGGUGCCUUUCAUUCAUGUACUCAUUUAUUCCACAAACCUCUAUUAGGCUCCUAAUGUGUGCCCAGCACUGGCUGGCAGUGAGGUGGGGGCCAAGCCACGGUAGGACUUUGAUGGUCCUGGGUGAAUCAGAAGCUCAUGCUCUCCCUCUCUCUCCGGGCCCCCCAGUAGCUGUCACCCAGCCCAGGGUGCGGUGCCAGGCCUCCAGGUACCCGAUCGCAGUGGAUUGCUCCUGGACCCUGCCGCCCGCUCCAAACUCCUCCAGGCCCACGUCCUUCAUUGCCACAUACAGGCUUGGCGUGGCAGCCCAUGGGGAGAGCUGGCCCUGCCUCCAGCAGACACCAGAGGCCACCAGCUGUAUCAUCCCUGACAUCCAGAUGUUCUCCAUGGUGCCCUAUGUGCUCAACAUCACGGCUGUCCACCCCCGGGGCGUCAGCAGCAGCUUCGUGCCGUUCGUCCCAGAGCACAUCAUCAAACCGGACCCUCCAGAAGGUGUGCGCCUGAGCCCCCUCCCUGGGCAGCGGCUCUGGGUGCAAUGGGAACCCCCCCGGUCCUGGCCCUUCCCAGAGAUCUUCUCACUCAAGUACCGGAUCCGCUACAAGCGCCACGGAGCUGCCCGCUUCCGCCAGGUGGGACCAAUUGAAGGCACAUCCUUCACCCUCAAGGCUGUGAGGGCCCAAGCCAAGUACUGCAUCCAGGUGGCUGCUCUGGACCUCACUGACUAUGGGGAAUCAAGCGCCUGGAGUCUCCCCGCCGUUGCCUCUGUGACCCUGGAUCCACAUGAGACCCUGUGAGGAGAGGACAGACCAGGACACACACACACAGUGCAUCCCCACUGCCACACACGGGGUCAGGGCUGGACCAGAGAAAGAGACGGGGCUGGGGGAGUCAGGGCAGGGGUGGUGGGUGUUCCACCUGGGAUGGAAUGAUGAAUCCAUUCAGUUCAGUUCAGUUUGGUUCACCUCAAAAGCUGCCCAGAUGUGAGCCCCACUGUGGGUGGACACCAAUGGGACAUGAGUUUGUCUGGGAAGCUCUGAGGAGGGGAAAACACAGCCAGGCUCUGAAGGAUUUUCUCAAUCCAGGAGCUUCUCGGUGCAUUUCACUCAGGUCUCAAUUCCAAGGUCACCUCCUCCAAGAAGCCUUCCCUGACCACCUCAUCUAGGGCAAGCAGAAUAAAGACCCCCCCCCAAAGAUAUCCAUGUCCUAAUCCCCAGAACCUGUGAAUGUGAUACCUUACACAGCACAAGGGACUUUGCAGAUGUGAUUAAUUUAACGAUCUUGAGGAGCCUUAAAGAUUGAGGAUAUUUCAUUAAGUUAAUGAAAAUGGGGACUUCCCUGGUGGUGCAGUGGUUAAGACUCCAUGCUCCCAAUGCAGGGGGCCCAGGUUCGAUCCCUGGUCAGAGAACUAGAUCCCACAUGCC